CACACACACACACACACACACACACAUCAGUUUUCAUUAGCAAACAAUGCAUUCAGAGUGUUUCACAAUAAUCAAGAACAUCUGAUGUAGAGAAAGAGAAAACUCACUUGGGAAUAGGGCGGGAUGCCAUUAAGCGAUGGAUAGACAUGAAGGGGUGUACAUCUGCACAAAUUGAAAUAAUUUCAGCUUUACUGUGUUUGUAAAGGACCUCUCAUGGCAUCUCCAAACAGUUUGACAGACCUGAGAAGCCACAAAAACAUAAACAGUUUGGAUUUUCCCAAGAUUUUAUUCUGAUAUAGUUCUUCUCACAUUUUAAAUGAAUGAGUUCCAUGAAUGCUUUGUGGAGAUUGUGGUUCAAGGUCUUUCCAUUGAUUAAUACACACUAGCUUAAGAGGUUAAUUGCUGUCAAGCAUGAGUCCAGUCAUGUCAUCUUCCAUAGGAACCUUGCACACCUCAUUGACUAAUAUUGAAUUAUUUAGUUGAUUUUGGUACUUGGAACUCUAGUAGACUUCCACAAGAUCAGUUAAAUCAAGGGUUCUCUGAAACUUAGAUAAAAUGGCUGUGCUGCCAAUAAAAUUCACCAAAACCAAGAGAGACAAAUUGGCCCAGGUUCUGUGGGUACUAAACUGGGUAUCAAUUGUAACAGGUAUCAUCCUCUUUAGCUUGGGCAUCUUUCUGAAAGUUGAAAUUAACAAGCGGCAGGAUCUAAUGGGCGAGCGCCAGCUCCAAUCUGUGCCAAACAUGCUAAUUGCUGUGGGGCUUAUAGCCUGCAUGAUUAACUUUUUGGGAGGAAAGAUCUGCUAUGACUGUGUGGACACCAACAAGUUCUUACGCUGGAAGUUGGUGAUGCUCCCAUACAUCAUUUGCACGUUUUUCUUCACUCUGAGCGUGCUCGUGGGUGCCUUGAUGUGCUACAGCAUGCACGGGCAGCUGGAGGAAGCACUAACUGUAGGGCUACGUGAUGCUAUGCGUUACUAUAAGGACACGGCCACACCAGGCCGCUGCUUCCUGAAGCGCACAGUGGACCUGCUGCAGAUCCAGUUCCAGUGCUGUGGGAACGAGGGCUACAGAGACUGGUUCCAGAUCCAGUGGGUCAGCAACCGAUAUUUGGAUAUGUCUCAACGGGAAGUGGUAGACCGUCUACGGAGCAACGUGGAUGGAAAAUACUUAAUGGAUGGAGUUCCCUUCAGCUGCUGCAACGUCAAUUCCCCUCGGCCGUGCAUUCAGCACCAAAUCACCAAUAACUCCGCCCACUUUAAUUACUACUACCAGACAGAGGAGCUCAACCUGUGGAUGAGAGGAUGUCACCAGGCUCUGCUAGAUUAUUACACCAACAUCGGGCAUUCUAUCGGCCUCACGGUUCUGAUCAUCUGGCUCUUUGAGCUCUCUGUGUUAACGGGGGUCCGUUACCUCCAGACGUCUCUGGAAAACGUGCUGCGGCAGGGGGACCCUGAGUGUGAGUCUGACGGGUGGCUCCUGGAGAACAGCUUUGUGGAGACGGCUCGCUCUAAUUUCAACGUCAUCAAACACCUGGGCAAGUUCAAUCAGAUAUCAAGCAAUGGAGAUCCAAACAUUGACAAACCACCUACAGCACACUAUGGUCCAGACAAUGUGCCUCCAAAGCCUCUCCCAACGGCCAGUUAGGCCUUCUGAACAGAAACAUUACAUAAGCCACAGCUGACUGGACUGUGAUGCUAUAUGACUUAAAAAUGACGAAUGUGAUUCAGUGAAAAUUGAGGUGGCAUUGCAAAGUAUAAACAAUGUGAAAUUACAACAUACAACAUACUUGAGGUCUGAUGUACUUUAAGAUGUAAGAACUGAACCGAGUGCUGUUUUAACACACAAGGCAAAGCAUCAUGGGGCCUUCAGAGUCUUAAAAUCUUUAAACUGCAUCUCAUUAAGAAUACAACCAUUUAAUUAUUUUGUGUUUUAGAGAUUCUCCUGUGAAUAGUUUGAGUGGAGCUAAACUGUUCACUGUAGGGUUUUCAUUAGAGAUUAACUUGAUGAGUUUUUUUUUUAGUUCCAGAAUCACUGCUACACUGACUUCGAAAAAGGCGAAUAGCUACUGUUUCUUUCCCACAAUCCUCCCAAACGUCUCUUCUGCCGGUGUGCAAGUUUAAAGUACAUAUGGUUGCUCUCUCUCUCUC